AUGGACGGAGGCAGCGGCCUCAACAUCAUGUACGCCCCCACCUUGGAGCUCAUGGGGAUCGGACUAGACAAGCUUCGCCCCAGCAAGUCGCCAUUCCAUGGCGUUGCGCCGGGGAAGCGAGUCCAACCCCUCGGCCAGAUCGAUCUGCCUGUGUGCUUUGGCACAGCAGCCAACUUCCGCAAGGAGGUACUCACUUUCGAGGUGGUGGGAUUUCGAGGGUCCUAUCAUGCCAUCCUUGGUCGUCCUUGCUACGCCAAGUUUAUGGCCGUCCCCAACUACACCUACCUCAAACUCAAAAUGCCAGGUCCGAGGGGCAUCAUCACCAUCGGCUCUUUGUUCGAGCACGCCUACGAUUGCGACGUCGAGUGCGUUGAGCGCGCGGAAGCUCAAGCGGAGGACGAGGCCCUCGUAGCCACCCUCGACAAAAUGGCGAGCGAGGCCUUGGACUCCACACACCGACACGCCGGGAGCUUCGAACCCGCCGAGGGUAUCAAGAAGGUGCCCCUCGACCCAAGCCACUCCGACAACAAGGCGGUGCAGAUCAGCGCCACCCUCGACGACAAAUAGGAAGUGGUGAUCGUCGAUUUCCUCCGCGCCAACGAAGAUAUCUUUGCGUGGAGCCCCUCGGACAUGCCUGGCAUACCGAGGGAGGUCACCGA